AGUGCCAGGGCUGACAUGUUUAAUAGCGGCGGCCGCUUUCCGCGGCUCAUUUCCCCGCUGGAGCGGCAUCAUCACAGGGUAAAGCCGGAGUGAAGGGGCGACAGCUCGCCUUCCCAAGGAAAAGCUCGGGAAACGGACGCCGAGGCGGCUCUCCGCCCUCCGCACUCGUUUUCUCUAAGAUUUCCCAGAGUUUUUAAGUGAACGGAUGUCCAAGCAGAAGUCCGGCACUAGAAACAGAGAGAUAUCGCAACGGUAAAGGGGAAACUUGCACAGAAAACAAGCUUGGAAAUGGAGGUGUUUAACCACAAGCUAAACUUGUACAUUGAUUCAUGGAUGGGUCCCAGAGAUACACGGGUUCGAGGAUGGUUACUUCUGGACCACUACCUCCCCACCUUCUCGCUGACACUUCUGUACCUUCUCAUCGUAUGGACCGGCCCGAGAUACAUGAAGAACCGGCAGCCACUGUCCUACCGUGGGGUGAUGGUGGCCUACAACCUGGGCCUCACCCUGCUGUCCUUCUACAUGUUCUACGAGCUUGUCACAGGUGUCCGGCAGGGUGGGUACAGCUUCUUCUGCCAGGACACUCGCAGUGGUGGGAGUGCCGACGACAAGAUCAUCAAUGUUCUAUGGUGGUACUAUUUCUCCAAGCUGAUUGAAUUCAUGGACACAUUCUUCUUCAUCCUGAGGAAGAACAACCACCAGAUCACAUUCCUGCACGUCUUCCACCAUGCGACGAUGCUCAACAUCUGGUGGUUUGUCAUGAACUGGGUGCCUUGUGGACACUCGUACUUCGGCGCCUGUCUGAACAGCUUCAUCCACGUGCUGAUGUACUCCUACUACGGCCUGUCUGCCAUUCCCGCCAUGCGGCCCUACCUGUGGUGGAAGAAGUACAUCACGCAGGGGCAGCUCAUCCAGUUUGUUCUGACUGUCAUUCAGACGACUUGUGCCGUGGUUUGGCCCUGCGGUUUCCCCAUGGGGUGGCUCUACUUCCAGAUAUCCUACAUGGUCACUCUCAUUAUCCUUUUCACGAACUUUUAUGUAAAGACCUACAAGAAGCGGGAUCCUUCUCAAAGAAAAGAGCAUGAGAACGGCACGGCGUCCCCCGUGAACGAGCACUCGAACGGGGUGAUGUCGCCGGACAGCAUGAGGCACAGGAAACCGCGAGCGGACUGAGGGCCCAGGCUCACUCAUCAGCACAUACCGGCGCGUUCAGCUAGAAACCAGCUAGAAGAGCAUAUCGCAUCACACUAGACAAAGAGCGACAGCCAUUCUAACGUUAGCGUGAGCAUCCUAUAGAAGUUGUGCACGUAACAACCAUUUUUAUUAUUCAUAUUGAAUUUAUGCUCAUUGCGUUUAAGAGAGAACAAACUUAAGAACAAAGAAAAUGACAGUCCGUCAGACUUUAAUUUGGAAUAUCUGUGGUAGGGCGGAGUGCGUGCUUUCAUCGUGGUCUCACUAUGCAUUAUUUAGCCGGUCACGCUCGUAUGUACGAGUGCAAAACCACACAAACAGAAUCGUAUUUAACAUGCACCAGCACACCAUGUCCUAUCCACUGGAUGAGCUUUACUUAUCUCAGACUGAACACAUCUGCUGAAAACGUAACUUUUCAAUAAAUGGAAGUAGCGUUUUCUUAAAUGAUGCACAGUAAUGAUUCCACCAAACCUGGUUUCUUACGCUAAGGACCACGCAUCUCACUGUCGCCUGUGCUACUGCUCGUGGGUCUGAGAAGCAAUUGUAUUGUCUAAAGCAUCCUGACAGGAUCACCUUUUCCCAGCAAACCAGUCACCACCCGACGUCAGUAACACCUUACCUCCUGUUAUUGUACAGGCUACCAAAAAAAGGCAGAUUUUGAUUCAUUGACUUAAUUUAUUACUUAUUGACUUAACAAGAAUUGAUUCUUUAUGAAUGUUCCAAAAGAUGGAAUGAAAAUGUUGAAGUGACAUUCAGGAAGGUGACAUGCUUUCUUAGGUGUCAGGAUUUUAAAUUUUAUUUGUAGUAUAAAAUUAGUUUUAUUAAAAUAAUUUGUUUUUUUGCUAAACACAAUUUGCCAAAAUAGUGACUUUAACCAGUGAUAAACUUGAGCAAACUGAUGUUAAUGUGAUACAUGCAACUUUAAACAAAUUUUAGAAAAAUGCAAUAUUACCUGGUCUGACCUUGAUAUUUAUUUAUAAUAUCCCCGUAAUGGAAGGUUAGGCUGGAUAGAAAAAUCAAAUUCAACAAAGGGAGUAAAUCGUAUUUGUAAAAACAUGUGCGAUGACCAGAAUAUUCCAAAUUAAAAUAUGUAUAUUUUGCAAAACAAUAGAGGAUGUAAGAUUUAUUAAUGAGGACCACAGACUGACCAUAGAAAGUCCUGCAAAAAUAAGUUGCAUAUUUAGAUUGCUCUACAAAUGCUUAACAUAGAAAUACAAAUGAACUUAAGUGCUAAUUUGUAUACUUGUCAAUGUAACUUCAUUAAAGGAAAAGGAAUAGAAUAGGAUAGAAGCUCAAGGCGAGGUGGCUGAUUUUCUGUACUAACUACACUCACUAUGAAUGCACACGCGACGUCAUUUUAUUCAUGCACAUCACUAAUAGCUGUAUCACCUGACUGCUGUUACUUGUUGCUUAGAGACGCCAUGUGUCACUUUUAGCGUUUCAUUUUCCCUUCGUUUGGUGGUUAUAUGCCAGCUGCACACCGUGACUGUGGACCGUAGAUAUUCCCUAUGACAUUAAGCGUGAAGGGUGACCACGGAACCCACACUGGGAUUUUUCAAUAAACACUUGAUGACUGUA